UUUUUCAAGCAGGAAAUGGAGCUCUCCUUGAUAGGGCUUCAGAAUGCUGGAAAGACUUCACUCGUAAACGUCGUGGCAACUGGUGGGUACAGUGAAGACAUGAUCCCCACGGUGGGAUUUAAUAUGAAGAAGGUGACAAAAGGGAAUGUUACAAUCAAGUUGUGGGAUCUUGGAGGUCAACCAAGGUUCCGCAGCAUGUGGGAGCGAUAUUGUCGUGCAGUUUCUGCUAUUGUUUAUGUUGUUGAUGCUGCUGAUCCCGAUAACUUGAGCACCUCAAAAAGUGAACUUCACGACUUAUUGAGCAAGCCAUCAUUGGCCGGUAUCCCGUUGCUGGUCUUGGGAAACAAGAUUGACAAACCAGGAGCUCUAUCCAAACAGGCUUUGACUGAUGAAAUGGGACUCAAAUCUAUCGACGACAGAGAAGUAUGCUGCUUCAUGAUCUCUUGCAAGAACUCAACCAACAUUGAUUCGGUCAUCGACUGGCUUGUAAAGCAUUCAAAAUCAAAGAGCUGAGGUGGCUUGUCUUCUUCUGUUCUUCCCGUCUUGUAUGUGUCAUAAUUUCUGAGAGAUUCAUUUAUGGGUUGUUGGUGAUUGAGAUCCACUUGCCUAACUUGAUGGCUGAUUGUUUCUUCACUUCUCUUCAUUCUGAGCUGUACCAUAUGUCACCGAGUUCAUGUCUAAUUCAAUCUCUCUCCCCAAAUUCAUAUUUACUCAUUUUCUUACUCAUGUAGAUUGUGGGAAACACGGAG